AUGGCCAUUCAUUCCAAGUACGGUAACAAGUUAGCAGACAGGAAGCCUGCGUUGCUACACAGCUCCAAGAAGUAUAGCUCUUACCAGACCGUGUUUGGGCUGCCCGGUCAACAUAGCAAUCAGAUGAUGGCCACGCCAAAGCCAAGAUGCAAGUGCACCCAGUCUGAAGAGGAAGAGCACUAUGAGUAUCCCAAGGAGGAGGCGGAUCAAGCCUUAUUCUCGCCCUUUCUCAUGCGAGAUAUCCAUACAGGAAAAUGCAGAAAAUGGACGCCUCGUUCACGAGCUUCUGCGCAAAUGUCCUUCCACAAUACCAAAAAACCCAAAGACAUCUUCAGGAAUAGCCUUCUUGCGACAAAAGCCGAGAAGAGAGAGCUGCUCCAACAUGCAGACGAGAUCGGCUAUACAAAGCCAGCCAUUGUUAACUUUAUCCGUUUGAACAAGUUAUGUGGAGAUGGCUACAAGCUUACACCUAUCUUAACCAUGCAGCAAGGAUUCAUCAAUUAUCUAGAAAGGGAGGGACCGGGGACCUUGAUCGCCAGCCUCCUUACAGCCGUGAGACACGGAAGGCUUGAGGUGGAGAUCAAUCCCAAAGGGGUAUCAACCGUCCAUGAGCAUCAUCUCUCUAGAAGACAUGAAGUUUUAUCUUAA